AUGGCGGCCGACGUGUCCGUUACUCACCGGCCCCCGCUGAGCCCGGAGCCUGGGGCCGAGGCUGAAGCUGACGAUGCCCCAGAGCGCCGGUCGCCCGAAGAAGAACUGCAGCCGCUAGAUCCAGAGGAGAUCAGGAAACGCUUGGAACACACCGAGCGCCAGUUCCGUAACCGCCGCAAGAUACUGAUCCGGGGCCUCCCGGGGGACGUGACCAACCAGGAAGUGCACGACCUGCUCAGCGACUAUGAGCUCAAGUACUGUUUUGUGGACAGAUACAAAGGGACAGCAUUUGUGACCCUGCUGAACGGGGAGCAGGCCGAGGCCGCCAUCAGCACCUUCCACCAGAGCAGCCUGCGGGAGCGCGAGCUGUCGGUGCAGCUGCAGCCCACUGAUGCCUUGCUCUGCGUGGCCAACCUGCCCCCCAGCCUCACUCAGCAGCAGUUCGAGGAGCUGGUGCGGCCCUUCGGCAGCCUGGAACGCUGCUUCCUGGUCUAUAGCGAGCGCACUGGCCAUUCCAAGGGCUAUGGCUUUGCCGAGUACAUGAAGAAGGACUCGGCUGCCCGUGCCAAAUCGGACCUGCUGGGCAAGCCGCUGGGCACGCGCACCCUCUACGUGCACUGGACAGAUGCCGGACAGCUGACACCCGCCCUGCUCCACUCCCGCUGCCUCUGUGUUGACCGCCUGCCCCCUGGCUUCAGUGACGUGGACGCCCUGCGUCAGGCUCUGUCGGCUGUCCAUACACCAACCUUCUGCCAGCUGGCGUACGGCCAGGAUGGGCAGCUGAAGGGCUUCGCUGUGCUGGAGUACGAGACCGCCGAGAUGGCUGAAGAGGUGCAGCAGGAGGCAGACGGCCUGGCCCUGGGGGGCAGCCACCUGCGCAUUUCCUUCUGUGCCCCAGGGCCCCCUGGCCGCAGCAUGCUGGCUGCGCUCAUCGCUGCCCAGGCCACGGCCCUCAAUCGGGGCAAAGGCCUCCUGCCUGAACCCAAUAUCCUGCAGCUGCUCAACAACCUGGGGCCUUCCGCCUCCCUCCAGCUGCUGCUCAAUCCCCUGCUUCACAGCAACUCAGGAGGCAAACAGGGUCUCCUGGGUGCCCCCCCAGCCAUGCCACUGCUCAAUGGGCCUGCCCUGUCCACGGCGCUGCUGCAGCUGGCCCUGCAAACCCAGGGUCAGAAGAAGCCCGGGAUCCUAGGAGACUCUCCCUUGGGCAACCUGCAGGCUGGGGCGCAGUCGGCCAACCACCUCCUUGGGGAGCUGUCUGCAGGAGGGGGCCUGCCCCCAGAGCUGCCACCCCGGCGAGGGAAGCCACCACCCCUGCUCCCGCCACUGCUUGGUCCUUCCGGAGGGGACCGAGAACCCAUGGGCCUGGGUCCCCCAGCAGCCCAGCUCACUACACCCCCUGCCCCUGUGGGCCUCCUAGGCUCUGGCCUCAGAGGCCUGCAGAAAGAGAGCGGGCCUCUGCCAGCACCGCCCGGGGUCUCACUGUUGGGGGAGCCCCCCAAGGACUUCCGGAUCCCCCUGAACCCUUACCUGAACCUACACAGCCUGCUCCCUGCCAGCAAUCUGGCGAGUAAGGAGGCCCGGGGCUGGGGAGGCGCCGGGAGAAGCCACCGCCCAGCUGAGGGCCCCCUGCCUAACCCCCCAGUCCCCAGAGGUGGAGGUAGUGGAGGCGGCGGCAGCAGCAAAGCCUUCCAGCUCAAGUCCCGCCUGCUCAGCCCCCUCCCCAGCACGCGCCUGCCCCCCGAACCAGGGCUUCCUGACAGCUAUGGCUUCGACUACCCUUCGGACAUGGGACCGAGGCGGCCCUUCCCCCACCCACGGGAGCCAGCCCUCGGGCCUCACGGACCCAGCCGACACAGAAUGUCCCCUCCACCCGGUGGCUUCAGCGAACGGAGUGGCGGAGGAGGCGGGGGAUCCUUCUCUCACUUUUAUUCGGGCUCGCCCACUUCCUACUUCACCAGCGGCCUGCAGGCUGGCCUCAAGCAAAGCCACCUUAACAAGGCGGUUGGUUCCUCUCCACUGGGCUCCGGAGAAGGGCUCCUGGGCCUGGGCCCUGGUCCCAAUGGCCAUAGCCACCUACUGAAGACACCGCUGGGUGGCCAGAAACGCAGCUUUGCCCACCUGCUGCCCUCACCAGAGCCCAGCCCAGAAGGCAGCUAUGUGGGACAGCACUCCCAAGGCCUUGGUGGCCAUUAUGCAGAUUCGUACCUGAAGCGCAAGAGGAUUUUCUAA